AUGGGCGAUGAUCGCAGUUACCGCAUGCUAGUUUUGCUCGAGGAUGUCGUGGAAGAAGAUACGAAAGGAGACGAUUCAACCGGAGAAUCGCAGAAAGCCGAAGUUCCCAAGGCUACACACGAGUUCGUGGACGAGCUGAUAUUGCCGUUUGAGAUUGAAGAUAUGGAUAAACUUAAUAAGUGGUUCGACAAGUUCGACGCCGAAAUUUGCAUUCCCAACGAAGGGUUCAUAAAGUACGAGAUCAGCAGCGAUGGGCUGGUGGUGCUACUGCUAGAUCGCACAAGGGAGAAAGUAGCAAGCCAGGUUCGCGCCUUCGUGCAAGGUACAAAGAUCGAAGGCUCCGAUGACGAGGAUGAGCCCUCGAUCUAA